AUGGCUGUAGGUUUUUGUGCCACGUCAUGGAUGGAUGAGGGUUCGCUUGCGGUGGUGGCUGGUGUGGUGGGUGCUCGCUCCGUGUGCGUGACGGCUGCUGGGAGUGCUGGAGAUGUAUCUGGUGAUGCGGAUGCGGUGGUUGUGCCGGUGGAUGUGUCGUGUGCUCCGAGUGACGGCAGCCUGAGCUAUCGCGUGCAUGGGAGUGUGUGGCGUGGACGAAGUGUUCUUCUGCCGGUGCUGAGGCUCAGCAUGAGAAUUAUGCUUUCAGUGGCUUUGAUGUGCGCAUGCAUAGCAGGAAUGGUGAGCUGGGUGCUGUGUGUCAUGUGGCCAAUGCGGUGCACACAUGUAGCAACUGUGCUGCCAGCUGUGCAACGGAAGAGGAAGGGGCCACCGUUGCCUUCACGACGAAUGUGA